CCGGUCUAAGGAAACGAAAACGAUGUGGAAGAUGAAAGAAAAACAGGAAAACAUUAAAAACAAAAUUGUAAACAAACCACUGAAGAAGGAACAUAUCCCAGUCACAGCUUAGGGAGGACACAGCUUUGCGCCUUUUCUCCGGUAAUGUUUACGCAUCAUCCCCCACCAAUCGGCCAGGCCAACAACAACGGCACAAAUCAAAUGCCAGACAAAUAAUGCAAAAAAAACAAAACAUAGAACUCAAAUCCAAAAAUGGGAUACAGACACAGAGUGUACCUCAGCCAAAUAGUGAUGGUAUGCAACCGAAAAUUUUGACUGAGAGAGGGGGUGGGGAAAGCAAUGCCGCCGAACAGCGUAGAAGGAAACCCAAAAUUUUCGGCUAUGUGCUCUUCAUAUGCAAGGUGGGAGGGAGGGAGUUGCUCGCAUUUGCUGCUGCAUCCUGCCACCAAAAGAUAAAGUGAAUAAAGAAGGAAAACGAAAUGUCAAGUACAUUCUAGGUGGUAGUGAACGUGUGUGUGUGAGUAUAACUUUGCCUCUGCCGUAUGUACAUAAAUCGAAAAAGCAGCAAAGAAGCAUAUUGAUGGGAGGAUGUCAGUGCAGAAAAAACAAUCGGCGGUACCACAACAAAUAGGACACAUACCAACAUAACGCACCCCACUCACACACAUCGACACACACACACACUCUCUGCACGGCGUACUUUAAAGCCCAAGUGCACCAAACCCAAUAGACAGAUAUCAAAUUCACGGGAUACAAAGCUGAUGAGCCAGAACUUCUAAGAUACCGAGAGGAGACGUAAAGUGGAAAUUUUAAAGAAUAAAUCCAAGGAAAAUUUAUUUCAUCAAAUACCUAAUCGUGGAGGUUGAGCGAAAGAAAAAGUGAAGGAAAAAAAGUGAAAUUGUAGACAAAAUAUUGAAGUAAACCUACAGAGGAUAAUAAAAAGCAACAAACUGGAAAAAUCCGAUAAAAUGCGAAGCCGUACCGAAAUGGUAACGACAACUUUUGUCGAUUCGGAAGAGGAUUACAGCGAUGACGAUGACUCCGAGGAGGAUUGGCGUCCAUCGGCCUCGAAUAAAAAUGGCAAGAAACAAAAACAACAAAAAUCAGCAGGUGGCGGAUCGAAAAAGGGGAGAAAACGUAAAGGUGGUCCAGCCGGAGCUGGGGCAAAUGCCAAAGGAGCUACAAAACGUAAAACCGCCAGCUAUGCCGAAAGUGAUGACGAAGAAGAAGAAGAUGAUGAAGAUCUUAGUGAAGAUGAUUAUGAUUAUGACGAUGCAGAACCAACGGCGGCAGCAGCAGCAACAACAGCUUCCGCAACCAAAUCCAAACCAGCCACAAGUUUACCGCCCAAAAAACAAUUUUCCGAAAAGAAUAACAGUUCUUCGUCGGGUAAUGGUACGGGCAAUAGCAGUGAAGAGGAUGCGAUUAAAUUGCUGGUCUACAUCAAGGAUUUGGCGGGAGAUUAUGGGAAAAAUAAUCGCUUGUGUUUGUGGCGGAAGGAUGGUAAUAAUUUGUUGCAAAAAUAUAUUCGGGUUAAGACAACGCCAGAGGAGUUUUUGUUCACCUCAAGUUCUGUGUAUUCCAGUUUCGAUGACAAGCGUAUUACGGAUUUCUAUGAGAUCAAAGUCAAGUCCCUGGAUUCCAGCAAUCGCCGUGUCAAAAUUUCCAAUACUUCAGAUUUAAAGAAAAUCCUGGCAGAAGCUGGCAAAAAGAAACGAGAACAGGCCAAAUUGAUAGCCGAUGAUGAGGAAGAUGAUGGCGAUCUCAGUGAUGAUGAUAUCAGUGAAUCGGAAUUGGAAAAAAGUGAAAAGGCCAGUGAAAAUAAGGAAAAUAUGAAGAAAAAGCAUUUGAAAAUGAAACUAAUGCAAAAACGCAAAAAGCCUGCUGCCGAAGAUGAUGAUGAGGACGACGACGACGAUGAUGAGGAAGAGGUUGAAGAAGAAAAUGACGAAGAAGAGGAUGAAGGUGAUUUGGAGGACGAUGACGACGAUGAUCCAGAGGAGGAUAUUGAAGAAGACGACGAUGGUGAUGAUGAUUAAGUGUAGGGUAAGAAAAUAGAUUAGGAAGCAGUUAGCGUGAAGUUACCCAAAAAGAAAAGAGUGAUUCAAUCAAAAUAAUUUUAAAAUCAACGAAAAACAAUUUAAAAUUAUAGGAAGAUAGAAUUGAAAAAGAAAUGUAAGGGCAAAGUUUUGAGUGUGGAGAAAAUGUGAAAAAAUGGAGAGUUGAGUUUAGAGAGAAAAUCAUGGUAGACUUUUAAAGAAAUAGAAUCGAUUCACAUUUUUUUUUUUUUUUUUUUGGAUUUAAAGGGCUCCCAAUUGUGGGUGUUUGGGCAACAGAAGAGAAAACUCACAUGGCAUGGAUGAGAACUAACCUUUCGUCUAUUGGUGUGAAACUAGACAUAUGGCCAUAUAAUCUAGUUUUUGUCAUCUCAAAAUAGACAACAUUUAAAGAGUGUGCUCCAAGUCCUUUUGUACCCUCAGACGUAUGGCUUGUUAUACCCUCAGUCAUAUGACAAGAGAUGGUAUAUAUCAUUUUAUACUGUCAUUUUAUACUGUCGAAAUAACCGUUUUAGACCCUAGGUUACUUUGCACAAAAUCCGUUUCAGAACUUUUGGAGUCGAUAAAGCGAUGUCCGUCCGUCUGUCUGGCUGGCUGGUGCGCACGAUAACUCCCGAAGGGAGUAUUCGAUUUGGUCCAAACUUGGUACAUCGUAAUAUUUUUGUCAAACUUAGAUCGAGUUCGGAAAUGGGC